AUGUUAAAAAUAUUUUAUUACGUUUUGGGAGUCUCUUUUUCUCUCAAUUGUCUUGUCCGACUGUCCUUUUCUCAAGUGCUCCCAGGGCUUCUCAACUGGCCAUAAACAAACUUGCAGGCUUUCUUGUCAGACUUCUCUCUCUCUCUCCUCUUGUGCUACUAUCUGCUAAAGUUAUAAAAGAAACUACAGAAGUCUCUGCAAAAGCUUUUGCCAGCUUUCUCUUCACACACCCAAAGGCCAACAAGCCUAUUAAAAUCAACCAAACCCAAAAGAAACCGAACUAAACUAAUCUCUCUCUCUCUCUCUCUCUCUCUCUCUCUCUCUCUCUCUCUCUUUCUCUUCAUGGACUUCCAUCUGAAGCCAUGGAGAACCGAGCAGCUUGAGUCAGAAGAACAACAUUCUGCAAAGAUGCCAAAACUCCUCAUGGAUUCCCAUCAACCACAACUACAAUACUCAUAUGGGUCUACUGCUCCUCUCCCUUUGUUUGUACCUGAAUCCAACAGUAAAAUCAGUAACCUGUCAGCAUUUCCAGAUUCAACCCCAGCUGCUGCCACCACCACCAGAUUUCCCAGGAUGGGAGGAAGUUACUUUAGCUUGGUUCAGUGGCAGGAGCUAGAACUACAAGCUCUGAUCUACAGGUACAUGUUAGCAGGUGCUGCCGUUCCUCCUGAACUCCUCCAAUCAAUCAAGAAAAGCCUUCUUCACUCUCCUCCAUAUUUCCUUCACCACCCACUUCAACAGUACUCUUAUUAUCAGCCAGCUUUGUUGCAAACAGGGUAUUGGGGAAGAGCAGCCAUGGAUCCGGAGCCUGGUCGUUGCCGGAGAACAGAUGGUAAAAAAUGGCGGUGUUCGAGGGACGUUGUGGCUGGUCAGAAGUAUUGCGAGCGCCACGUUCACCGUGGCCGCAACCGUUCAAGAAAGCCUGUGGAAAUCCCCACACCUACAUCAUCCUCCACCGCUACCACUUCUGUUGGUAUUGGUGGGGAAGGUGCGGGGGCUGCGGCCGGUGCUGCUUUCAAUAGCACCGCAUCCAUUGUUGCACCGCCCCUAGCUGCGGUGCCUAUCGGGGCGAGUUUUUCUUUUUCUGGGCAAUCGCCUUCCACAGAUCUCCUUCACCUCAAUAACGGUUCCAUGGAUUCCAAACCUGAAAUCAAGGGCCUCUUUGGACCCCAAAAUGAGUUUGAUAGAAGAGAUGGUCACAUUCUGAGGCAUUUUUUCGAUGACUGGCCAAGGUCGCUUCAACAACCAGAUACUGCAGGAAGCAAUGCUAGUCCAAUGAACUCUGCAACUUGUCUCUCAAUUUCAAUGUCUGGAAACUCUUCAUCAGACGUCUCGUUGAAAUUGUCCACUGGCAAUGGAGAAGAAUCAGCAGGCAACGGACGCAAUGAAAGGGAGCAUCCCCAAGUGAAUUGGACCGGUGGAUGGGGCACAACACAGGUGGCUUCCAUGGGAGGACCUCUCGCAGAAGCGCUAAGAUCUUCCACCUCCAAUUCAUCUCCGACAAGUGUUCUACACCAGUUACCUCGUGGUUCUGCUUCUGAAACUAGUUAUGUUAGCACUUGAUUUCCCAUGUUUUUAUAUAUACCUUUAAUAAGGGAAUUCCCAGUUUUAUACGCUUGUUGCCGCUACAGUUAUCCCAAUCAUAAUUCUAGAGUGUAAUACUUGCAUGGUUGGCUAGUGCCACAACGGCUGCGUUUGAUUGUUUCGUCUGGAAAAUUUACAUGAUUUAUUUUGUUCCCAAA